UAUAGAAAAAAAAUAUCCAUAUGUGAUCUUUCUGUGUAACUCGGCAUUCAAAAUAAAUAAAAUGAUGCCUCGGCCUGUUACAGGAAUAGCUCUAGAGGAGGAGUUCGAUUUGUUGGACAGGCAGCUGGAUGCUUUACAUCAGCAGAUGCAGGGACAGCCUCCAGCAAAUAAUAAGAUGCCCGAGCAGCAUACUUGCGAGACAGACCAAUUGCCAGAUUCUGACGAGGACGAUGACCUACCUGAAUGGGUCAGACAAAGGCCCUUUAAUCUGGCCCUAUUAGAUGAUGAUGACUUUUUUGAGGGUGUGGUGGAGUCGCCUGAUGAAGUGUUAAUAUCUUGGAGCCAGAGCGAAAAAGCGGUCGCGUCCCCGCAGCCUCAACACAGUGUGGUGCGCAUACCAAUGGCGGCUAAACCUUCUUCCUCACCAAAGCGGCGCCUGGUAAGGCACGCAUCGCCUAUAAGCGCGCCGCUGUUCGCUGCGCGGGAAGCCGCUCUGGCGUCCGUGGGCAGAGCAGCGAACUACCACCCCUUAAGUUACCGGGUCGGGUCUACAGCAGCACCGGGAACCAUCACCGCAGCCUGGCUGUUCCCACUGCUCUGACCCGGUAGCACUGCAACAUACUCCUCUGUCAACAUCAUCAUCAUCAUCGUAUGAACCUCGUCAGAAUCGGUGUAAACGCAAGAUAUGUGUGCCUCGGCGCAUAUUCACUUGCCCCUUUCCAACACCAUCAUCAACAGGGUGGACUCAGAAUAGCAUUAAUAUUAACAUACAUGAUCGUGUGGCUAGUGACAGUUCUCUCUCCCUUCCUUUCAGUGAAGGACAUCAGGUCAGUUAUACCAUACCGCAGUUAGAAUACUCGGUGAUUGCAGACGUCUUUGAGGAGCGAAUCUUGUUCACGAGGAUCGAGAACCCGGCAGGAGGGUACCGCGACCUUGUUGGUUUUCUAAGGGCGUGCCUUCGUAUCCUGGGAAACGGAGCUUCUCUAGGUAGUCAAUGAUCCACGGUAUCCCGUCAUUAAA